UAUCUAAUUAAUAUAACCGGUUAUCGGGCUGACCCAGGCUUCAGGGCGCCCUCAUGUCAUCACCAACGAUACCAUCAUAACAGGUGUCUUCUCCUGGAAGGGUCUCCGCCGUUCAUCCACCACAUUAUUUCCUCACCACUCCUGAGGCUUCUAAUGAUAGCCGAAUAAUCGGUCUGUUGCCAUUAGGCAGCCACAGUCUAAUAGCACCACGACUCAUGCCCCAAAGGCGCUACCACAACAAGAGCCGACAUGGCUGUUUGCAGUGCAAGAAGAAUCGCACAAAGUGCGACGAAGAUAGACCCCAAUGUGGCCGAUGCAGAAGGAUACGUUCGGCUUGCUCGUUAGCUACUCAGACAGCGAAUCUGGUGUUUGUCGCACCCAGAAAUGCAAUGCCUCAGAAUCAAGCCAGUAACGACUCAUCUCGCGUCAUUAACCAAUCAUCUAGCAUAUCCGACGGAUAUGGCAGUCAUUCCCCUAGCGAUCUGAUGUCUGUUGCAGCUUCCACGCCUGGAACGGAACACUCUGACGUGGAGUGUGAUUUUACGGACAUAGAAAAGGAACGGUUAAAGUUAAUGAAUCACUACGCCUUACACACAUCAAAAAGUAUCACGGACGUCAUCAUACCACAAGACCAAAACCAGUCGUUUUGGGGAGAGUGGGUUACUGAGCUGGCUUUCAAGCAUAACUUUCUGUUGCACGGCCUCUUGGGGCUAAGCGCCUUACAUUUGGCUCUGAGGGGUGUCUCAGCGCAGAGACAUACGGUCAUGGCUAUCCGCCAUCAUGAUCUUGGUGUCGCAAUGUUUCGGCCUCACCUCUCUAACAUCACACCAGAAAAUCAUGAUGCUGUUUUUGCAUUCUCAUGCAUUGUCGUCCUCUACACCUUUGGGAUCCAGCGUCCCUUUGAGCCUACAGAAGACCCUAUAGAUAGGCUUCACCAGGUCUUCUCUCUCAUUCGAGGAUCAUCUUUUCUUGUCAAAGCUGAUCACGAAACGAUGGCACGUAGUCGUUGGUCCGUCUUGAUGUUGCCACACCCGUUUCCACCAACAGUGCUUUCAUCUGAGCUCGAGGAUGUGCUAGGCAAACUCCUUUCACGCGCUGCGAUGAUGCCCAAAGCCGCUCGCAUGGGUAUAUAUGAACCGACCAUACAAACUUUGAGACAUAGUCUUGCAAUGGCAGUAAUGUAUCGCCGCACUAAAAUGACAUUCUCGUAUUUUGCUGUGAUGAGUCCCCCAGAGUUCUGGUCAAUGGUGCGCACUGGAGAGCCUCUAGCUCUAGUCAUAUUAGCCAACUAUGCAGUUACUCUCCAUUGGUUACGGAGAAACAUAUGGAUGGCAUAUUGGGGGAAAGGAAUCGUGGAGGCCGUCCAUCAGAAAUUGCCGCUAGGUUGGCGCGAAUGUAUUGCUUGGGCUGUCCAAGAAACGGAUUCCCAUUCUGAACCAGAUGAGAUCGAAGUUUACUCGGCAUCAACAUCGAAUUCACUGCCAGAGAAAGACCAUAUUAUCGCCUCAUCGACAUUAUAGACUGCACGCGUCACCGUUUCGCUGAAAUUUACUUUUCUCAUGGCCUACAAGUCCCAACUAGCUAUCCUUCCGCUCGACACAAAGUGCUUCCCCAUAUGAACUGAUAUCGUACCCGUUUUCUUCCAAAUAUGCCUUGAAUCUGGCGUCCUCUGUUUCCAACUCCCGCGACAUAUCCGGAAUCAAGAACCACGCUAUCAACGCACCAACCAUACAGAAAGCCGACCCGAUCAGAAAGACAGCUUGUUG